AUGCCACACAGGUCUGUCAGCAAGGUCAUGUCCCAAAAGACAAAUGAAGCUCGGCGCCACACCCAUGCAGAGACCGCAGCUCUUAGCACGAAUGAGACCAACGCCCUUGUUACUGGCAGCUCACCGUUAGCUGUGAUGUCACCACCCUCGACUACUUCAAGGGAACAUCCACGGCCCCCUACAAGUGCACCAACCUCAUCCACAACCACAAAGAACGCCGAACGCACCACAGUUCCAACUACCACUGAACCAGCCGUAUCUACUACUAGCAAUGAACCAGGCAUGACUACGGUCGCCUCCAAACCACCUAUAACUACCACUACCAAUGAGCCAACCACAACUACCACCGUACCGACAACUACCAUUGUACCAACAACUACCACCGUACCGACAACUACCACCGUACCAACAACUACCACCGUACCGACAACUACCACCGUACCAACUACCACCGUACCGACAACUACCACUGUACCAACAACUAACUCUGUACCAAUAACUACCACUGAAACAUCCACCACAUUUACAAUUGAGUCACGAAUAGAUUCCUCUGACUUCCACAAAAUGGCAUUAAUGGGCGAAUGCAGAAGCGAGGGAGACAUAUGCAUCAGCGGAGAAAACCUAACAUGUACCUCCAUCACAGACUGCCCACUCUUACAUCUGUGCUGUUCGUACAGCUGCGGUAACAGAUGUGUAACACCAGCAAGGAAAAGAACUCUGACGGGUUCUGCAUUCAAAACUUCCUUCGGAUUCGCGAUUGACACAUGGUUCAACCAAUUCUCGACAGAGACCUACAGCAAUAUUGUCACUGCAAUCUGGAACCGUAUAAGGCAACCUUCACACCCAAUUACACUAGUAUAUAUAAGAGAAUGGAAUGAACAGCAUGCAAUUAAGCAGUAA